UUUAUUUGUACUUCCGAAAUCCGUUAAUGAAACCAAAGAUGUAUGCAUAAGAAUGUUUUGUUUUGGUGUCUGUGAAAUAUUUGUUAUUUGGAUUUUUAAAUAAGUGUUUAUCAUGGCUGAUCAAGUUCAGGAAUCAAUUGCUACUCGUUUUAUGAGACUGAAUCAGUUGAUUCUUGGGAAAUCUAAUUAUAAUCUCCCCAAAAAGUAUUUGAUACACAGAGAUGGAUUACUUGAUAUUUUAUUUGCUUUGUAUGAGGAGUGCAAUGUGGACUAUUUACGUAAAGAUAAACACAUUGCAGCUUUUGUUGAUAAAUUUAAAGACUUAAUGAUUGAAUUAAAAUCCAUUCGUGUAAAUCUCCGAGAUUUUGAAGUGAAAAAGAUAAUUGGAAGAGGUCAUUUUGGUGAAGUACAAGUAGUAAGAGAGAAAGCCACUGGAGAUGUAUAUGCCAUGAAAGUUCUACGCAAGCAAGAAACACUUUCACAGCAAAAUAUGGCAUUUUAUGAAGAAGAAAGAGAUAUUAUGGCUAAGACCACAAGUCCUUGGUUAACUAAAUUGCAGUAUGCAUUUCAAGACAAUCAACACUUGUAUUUAAUCAUGGAGUUUCAUCCUGGUGGUGAUAUGCUAUCCUUGCUUGAAAAAUAUGAUAAUGUUCUACCUGAAGAAAUGAGCCAAUUUUAUUUGGCUGAGUUAGUGUUAGCUAUACAUAGUCUUCAUUCUAUGGGAUAUGUUCAUAGAGAUAUAAAGCCUGAUAAUAUUUUAAUUGAUCGAACUGGGCAUAUCAAGCUUGCAGAUUUUGGCUCUUCUUCAAAACUUAAUACUCAUAAACUGGUUACCAGCAGUAUGCCUGUUGGUACACCAGAUUAUGUUGCACCAGAAGUUUUAACAGCCAUGAAUGCUGGACCAGCAUCAAGCAAAAGUUAUGGAAUUGAAUGUGAUUGGUGGUCAUUGGGCAUUGUUGCUUAUGAAAUGGUAUUUGGUUCAACUCCUUUUACUAGUGACACUGUUUUAGUCACUUACAAUAACAUAAUGAAUUUUAAGAAUGCAUUGAAGUUCCCACCUGAAGCUUCAGAAGUAUCAAAUGAAAUGACUGAUUUGAUUAAGAAUUUACUUGAAGAGCCUCUGAAACGCUUAAGUUAUGACAAAUUAAUUGUACAUCCUUUAUUUACAGAUAUUGAUUGGAAUAACAUACGUCAUACCUUACCUCCAUAUGUUCCAUUGGUAUCGGGCAUUGAUGAUACUUCUAAUUUUGAUGAUUUUGAACCAGAAACACGAUUAUAUAUGAGUGAACUUGUUACAAAAAGAGAGUUCAGUGGGAAAAAUUUGCCAUUCGUUGGUUUCACAUAUACUACACCUUUUGAAACACUUAUUGAAAGGCUGUCUUCUUCUGACGACUUGGGCUUCCAAUCACCUUCCACUUCGUUUAAUGAAAUUGAUGCUAAUUCUAAAAGAAGAGAAAUGGCUUCACUUCAAAAAAAAAAUAUGCAUUUAAUGGAUCAAGAAAUUUCAUUAAAGAAUGAAAUAAAGCAAUUGAAUGCUCAUUUGAAAACUAAAGUUAGUGAAAUCGAAAUCUUGAAGGCUGAUAAAUUAUUAGCAGACCAGUUAAUAGCAGAAUUACAGAAUGAAGUAAAGCAAAUAAAGCAUCUUCUGGGUUAUGAACGUGAACUCAAGGCAAUAACAGAAAAGAAAGCGUCCCAUCUUAUUCGUUGUAUGAAAGGGCGUCAGAGGCAAGAUGCACUUCGAUUGAGAGCAAAAAGCAAUGAACUUCAUCAUGGAGAAUAUGAAAAACUCACUUUAGAAGAAAAGCUUGAGGAAGCAACUUUGAGAAUGGAAGAAUUUCUUCAAGAAAAGACAGAUUUGUUAGAAGAACUGUAUAGUACUAAGCAUGUUUUGUUAGAGUGUCAGCAAAAGUUAAAAGAGAAAGAACAGCAAUGCUUAUCAACUUCAGAUUCCUAUGUUUCUGCUACCAGCACUUCUCUUAAUGGUAGUUUUACUGAAAAUUCUGAGUUGCAUGUUGCGACAAAGAAAUUGGUGUCUAAAUUAGAAAAGAAAAAUGUAGAAUUGGAGAAGGAAUUAGAAGCUGCUUUGGCUGCUAAAACAAAAGCAGAAAGUCAAGUUUCAUCUUUGAAAGAUGUGAUAGUACAGUUGGAAACAAAAAUGGCUGAAACUGAAAAAGAACAACUUGAAGCAUCCUUUCAGGAUCUAGAUGAAAAGGUUGUGACUUCUAUCAAGAAAUAUGAAAGUGAGUUGGAAAGUAAAGGUAAAAUCAUUGCAGAAACUCAGAAGAAACUACUCCAAGCAGAAGAAAUGAAUGCUGAACUCAAGCAAAAAAUACAGGAACUUGAAGCUGAUCUGAAAAAGCUUAAGGAUACAAAUACUAAAUUAGCUGAAAAAAGUCAAGAAUUGGAAAAUAAUUUGGUUCCAAAACGAAAGGUUUUGGAUCAAGGAGACUCAAAAUUGAAUCAAAGUAUUGAAAAGUCACCUCUAUGGGAGAAGAAACUUCAUAGCAGAAAUGAAAGACAAGAAAUGAUAUUACUUACAUCUGAUCUAAAGCAAGAAAAUGAUUAUUUGAAAACAAAAAUUGAGUUGCUUAAUUUGGAAGUGUCAAAAUUAAAAGACGGAGCUAAAAGUAGAGAGGAUCUUGAAAAGAUGUUGAAAGAGAAAGAAGAUGAAUUAUCUGAAGUUAAACUGGAUUUAAGAGUUUCCACUAGGAAGGAGCAGCAAGCUGAAAGUGUCACUUCUUCUUUACGUGAAAGAAACAAAGAAUUGCGUGAGAAGUUGAGAACUACUGAAGAAAAACUGACAAAACAAAUUAAAAUUGAGGAAGAUUUGCAAGAGCAAUUGAAUUCACUUCAGAGUACAGUUACUAAAAUAAAAGAAGAAAUAAUUCAAAAUGAAAAGGCUUAUGAAAUCGAAAAAGUGAAGUUAGAAGAAAGAAUAAAAACAAUGAAAGAUACUUGGGAGAAUUCAAAGGAUGUUAAUCAAAAGUUUGCAAAAACACAAGGGCAGUAUGAAGAAAUUUGCCGAAGAAAUGAGACUCUAAGAAAAGACUGUGAAGAAAAAGAUAAGAAGAUAAUCAAUUUACUUCAAGAAAAUAAGAUCUUAAAGAAUGAUCUUACAACAAAACAAAAUGAAUUUAAUAAGUACAAACAGUUAAAUAGUAUACUUAAAUCAAGUGUUAUUGAUAUGGAAGAAGAUCUUAAAGAUUUUGAAAUCAUUGUAGAAUCUAGAGAAAGUACUAUUUCUGAACUUAACUCUAAAAUUGACAAACUUGAAGCAGAGAAUUUGAAUUUAAAGAACAAAUUGAAAAACAGUGAAAAUGGAGUUCUGAAGGAAGAAAGCCAGAAAGAAAAACUUUUGAAACAUAUAAAUGAAUUAACUGCUGAGUUAGAUAAUCAAAACUAUUUACAUGAAGUAGAAAUUCAGAACUUGCAAGAAAAUCUUUCUCAUUAUAAAAAAGUUGUAGCAGAAUUAGAAGAUCAAGUUGCUCAAUACCAGAAAGAAUUUUCAAUGCAAGAGAUAGAUGACAAACGAUAUUCUGAAAAAAUCAUUGCUUUAGAAAACCAGUUGUGUGAAAUCAAAGAAGAGGCAGCUCGUCAUAUAACCCAGAUAUCUUCUUUGAAAUCGAGUAACUUAAAGCUCACUCAAGCCCUAGAUGAAGCUUUAGAUAACCAACAGGAAAAUCAGAAGAAUAUUGAAGAAUUAUGUAAUGAAUUGGAGAAUGAAAAGGCCAAACAUCUCAAUGAGAAAGUUAAACUCCAAGAAACAAUAUCACAACAAAUAAAGUUGAUAGAUUUUUUACAAUCAAAAACAGAAAACAUGGAAAAGAAGAAAAAGACAAACAUUUCUCGAUUGUUUGGGAAAAAAGAAAAUACCAUACAAGCUGCACCACCUCGAGAUCUUGAGAAAUUAUUAGAAACAGAAAGAAGUAGGUGUCGUCGUUUGCAAGAUCAGUUAAGCCAAGCUCGAGCUGAGAAAAUGGCUUUGCAAAGAGAAAUUAGCAACUUAUCAAAAAGUAUUCCUUCAAAUACUGACAUUCCUGUUUCACCAAUGUCUCGAGCUAUGCAUACCGCAAUAACAGCUUCACCAAGUAUCCAUUCUGAUCAGUCAGACAAUCCUAUUUUUACAUCAAAAGAGCUCUUGGAUAAAAUUAUCAAACCUUCUGGAAUGAAGCAUAGAAUACCUCAUCGAUUCAUAGAAAUUAUGUGCAUGAGAAGUACCAAAUGCUGUACUUGUCUGGAUUCAAUUCAUUUUGGAAGACAACUUGUGAAAUGCCAAGAAUGCUCAGUGACUUGUCAUCCUAAAUGUGCAACUUCUCUGCCCAAUACUUGUGGUUUACCAUCUGAAUAUAUGGAACAUUUCAAAUUGGCUGUUCAGGAGCAGUCUACAGGAAAAGCCCCUGAAUUGAAGGAUGGUAAAGCAGAAGGGUGGAUAAAAGUGCCAAAAGCUAAUAAGCAAGGUUGGGAUCGCAAAUAUCUUCGCCUUGUUGAUGACAUUCUUUAUGUAUUUGAAAAUGCUGAUGAUGUCAACAUCGAGAAAGCUUCAAAUGUAUUUGAUUUUGGCUCUGGUGAAGCGAAAAUAGUUGUGACUAGUGCUGUAUCCCCUACAGAACUAAAAUUUGCUGCAACUUCAGAUCUUCCAUAUGUUUUAAAAUUGGAAUCUUUUCCACUUACAACAUGCUGGCCUCAAAGGUGCUUGUAUAUCAUGACAUCUAACUUUAAUGAGAAGCAGAUGUGGGUGUCUGUACUUGAGAAUUUAGCUGAAAGGAAUAAUUCUGAUAUUAAUGAGCCUCAUAAAAAUAAAUUGACUGGAAAAACGAUUUGGACUUUAGAAAGUGAGAAGUCGAUUGAUCCUUUAUGUACAAUUAUUUUAGAUGACAAUAUAAUGCUUCUGGGGGCUGUUGAAGGCUUGUUUGCAUUAAAAAUAGUAAAUAAAUCUACAUGUUCUUUGCAACAGAAACUUGAUGGAUUUUCACAUGUGUACCAAAUAGCAUGCAUUAUUAAAAUAGGAGUUUUGAUACUAAUACAUGGUGAAGAUCGGAAAUUGAGUCUAACUGAUCUAGAUAACUUUCUGUCAGUUGUGUAUGGAACUUCAAGCAAACCAAUUUCUCUGCAGUCAGUGUGUGAUGUGAAAGAUUGCCAUUUAUUUGCAGUUGAAGAAAUGUCAUCAGGAGAUAAACCAUAUAUAUGCAUUGCAUCCUCUAAUAAUGUGCUUCUUUGCCUAUGGGAUCCCACCUCAAAGAAAUUUUAUUCCAAAAAAAUUCUCGAAGCAAAAGAGCCAUGCAGCUGCAUUCUUUUUACACCAAGAAAUGUUUUAUUUGGUGCAGAUAUUUUCUAUGAACUAAGUUUGGGAAGUUAUUCUGUUAAAAAAUUCCUUGAUGGUAGUGAUGCAUCUUUAGCUGGUCUUGUGUAUGGUGCCUCGCAAUUUCGAAGUUUCCCAAUAGCUAUAUUCCAAGUUUCAACUGAUGGACCAAAUAAAGAAUUUUUGCUCUGCUUCCAUGAAAUGGGAGUUUUUGUGAACAAUCUUGGACGAAAAACCAGAUUAGAUGAUAUAAAAUGGUCUAGACUUCCACUGGCUUUUGCUUAUAGAUCUCCAUAUCUCUUUAUUACUCAUUUCAAUGCAGUUGAGGUGAUUGAAAUACCACCUUCAGAUAUUCCUGAAGUUGGUGUUCGAUCCACCAUGCGGGUUCGAAAUCCUUUGUAUAUGGGACCAGCCUAUUUGCAGCAAUCUAUUUUAAUAUCCUCCACCUAUCGUAAAACUGUAGAACUCAUUCUUAUUGAUGGUUCAUCAAUCGGAAGCUCUGAUUUUCCAGUACCAAGUAGUGAUGAUGCAACUAGUGUCACGUAUACUGAAACAAACAGUUCCGAAAAAGAAAGCGUAGGAGAGAGCGAGAUGGUUGAUUUGGACUUUUCUUUUACGAAUUCAAUGAAUCCCUCUGAUGACAGAAGUUCAAUAGUGUCUAAAUCUUCAACAGAGUCUGCUUCCUCUCAGAACUAAUACCCAAGUUGUACAGCACUUUUGUUCUAUUUUCUAGCUUCAAUACAAGAUUUUAUAUCUAUGGAAGUGUUUGAAAUAUGUGAUAUUUUUGUAUCUUAUGUACCUUUUUAUUAGAACUAUUUUAUUGCAAAUAAUAUUUUACUAUGUAUUUUCUAUAAUUCAGCUUUCUUUGUAUGUUAAUAUAUAAAUAAAAUUGUGUAUAGCUAUGA